AUGUUUAAUUCCGGUGGCUUUAUACUCAAAAGGUGGGCGAGUAAUAGUGCAAAAGUUUUACAACGCGUUCCGUUAGAAAACCGAGAGUGUCCUGUUACAUUUAUGAAAGAUGGUAACAAAUAUUCAGUCAAAGUGCUAGGUCUGAAAUGGUUCCCUUUGACUGACUGUUUUUAUUUCACAGUAGAUAAGACUGAUAAAGUAACAACUAAACGUUCUGUUUUAAAAUUAUUAGCUUCUAUUUACGACCCCGUGGGUUUUAUUUCACCGUGCAUUUUCAUCGCGAAAGAGAUAAUGCAAGAUUUAUGGAAGCUGGGCAUAGGAUGGGAUGAGCAGCUGCCAACUGACGUAACUAAGCGCUGGCUUAAUUACGUUGAUGAUCUCCCGCGACUAACGGCAAUCAAGAUAGAUAGACAUAUGCUGCUACCAGAACAGACCGAAUGUGAAUUGGUCGCCUUUUGCGAUGCAAGCUCUCGCGGUUAUGCUAGUUGUGUGUAUGUGAUCAGUCGUAACGAUAGAGGUCAAACUAAAGUACGCCUGGUGACAGCAAAAUCUAAAGUAGCCCCCGUCAAACCAUUAACUAUCCCGAGGUUGGAAUUAAUGGCGUCAGUUUUGUUAAGCAAAUUAAUUAGAUAUGUCCGUGACAUUUUAACUCGUGUAAAAAUUACUCGUAUUACUGCGUUAACCGAUUCGACUAUCGUGUUGACGUGGCUUCAGACAGAAGCUUACAAAUUAAAGCCGUUUGUUAGUAACCGUGUUACUCAGUCUCCUGAAAAUGUUGAAGUUAUGCCUUCUAAAAAAAAAUUAAAACAAGCUAGACUGCCUUUUAAAAUUUUAAGUGAUGUAUUACCAGAAACAGUAAGUUCUAAUACAAGGAAAAGAAAACUUUCUGUUACUGAAAGUGAGCCAAUUACAAAAAUAGGAAAAGUUACGACGGAAAACGAUUUAGUAGCGACCAGUGGUGAAUUGGUAGUGAUAAGUGAUGAUGACAGUAAAGAUACUCCACAGUUACAAAAAGAAGAUGUUAAACUUAAUCCUUACGUUAAAUUGGUUGAUAGCGCUUGGAAGAAAAAACUUCAAAGAUCGAAAUCCCCUAAAAAGAAAAAAAGUUUGCAAAAAGAGACAGCUACAUCUACUAACAGUAAAAAUAUAGAGGAUGGUACUAAGGAAAUAGAUAAAUCUGCUUGUAUGGAUGUCGAUGCCUUAGUAGACGAUAAUAAUCCGGUUAGCAAUGAUAAGCCUCCAGUUACAGACCAUACUGUUUUAAAAAAUCCCUCAAAUGAUAGUUUUAUAUUUAAUAAUGAAACACACAAUAACUCGGAAGAUGAAACUUGUGUUAAUAAAAAGUUAAAUAGCUCAUCGGCCUCAAAUGUAACUCAAGAAAACUUACAGGAGACAGAAAACAUUGAUAUUGUAAUGGAUACAGUUUGUAAUGAAUAUGAUAAAGAAAGUGAUCAAGAAAAUAAAGCUGUCACACCUAAAAGAAGUAGUAGGAACAAAGUAAAGACUGAUCAGAAAAAUUUGGAUAAAUCUCAAUCAAGCAUUUGUGAAUCUCCUGAUCCUAAUACUACUCCAAAACAUAAUACAAGGAGCUCUUCAAUCACCAACACUCAAGAUGUGUCUUUAAAUGAUUCAGCUUCAUUAACUCCAAAACAGGUGCAAAAGAAACUGGAAUCUGCAAAGAAAAAAGAAGAAAGAGAGAAAAAGAAAAACAAGAGCAAAAGGCGAGAACGGGAAGAGAAAAAGGAAGCAAAAAGAAAAGAAAGGGAGGAGAAAGAAGAACAAAAACGAAAAGAGAGAGAAGAGAAGGAACGUCAGAAAGAACUAGAAAAAAAAUUAAAGGAAGAAAAAGAGGAACAGAAACGCAAGGAAAGAGAAGAAAAGGAGGAAAUGCGUAGGAAGGAAAAAGAAGCAAAGGAAGAAGAAAAACGGAAAAAACGAGAAGCUCAAGAGAUAGAGCGACAAGAGCAGGAGCAAAAAAAGAAAAAAGCAGCUGAGGCAUUUGUUAAUUUCUUUGUCCAGAAACAAAAGAAUGAAAAAGAUCAGCUCACAGUUAGUCCAGUCAGCAAAAACUGCAUGUUAUCCAGUUUUACUAUAAAAGUUGACAUGAGAUUAGCACCUACUACUAGAAAUAGCAUAAUCGAUGAACAAAAGGAAGCACUAGACAAUUUUUUAAAGGAACAAAAUGUACCUGAAAGUGCAUUAUAUAUAAGGAACUUGAAAGAAGGUGACAGAAAACCAAUGAGUGAUGGAAAAACUUGGCCAUGCAGUGAUAAAGAAAAUGAUGGUGACGUAAUAAUAUUUGAGGAUGAUUUACCGCCAAUAGAUGAUGCAGAUGAAAUAUUGAAUUGUGAAACUGCUGUGCGUGAAAAACUACGCCCGAAACUUUUCAGUUUCCAUGAAAAUAGGCGUCCACCAUACUGGGGUACUUGGCGAAAGAAAAGUGCAUUUGUUAAACCAAGACGACCAUUCCAACAAGAUCAGAAGCUGUUAGACUAUGAAGUGGACAGUGAUGAAGAUUGGGAAGAAGAGCAGGAAGGGGAAAGUAUUGAUGGUAGUGCUGCUGGUAGCGAGGAUGAACAAGAUGCAGAUGAAUAUGAAGUUGAUAAUGAAGUGUUUGUGCCGCAUGGAUAUCUUAGUGAUGAGGAAGCUACAGUGGAUGAAGACGAUGUCUUAUCUCUUUCGCCCGAGACACAAAAAGCCAGACUAAAACACUUGGAAGAUGAAUUUGAAUCUGAAUUAAAGAAGCCAACAGAGAAAUUGAAACCUAGAAUGUAUGGCAUAUUAUGGGAGACGGCUGAUGGAAAUAAACCAGAAAAAUGUGUUGAUGCAUUAUGGGAUUACUUUAAGAAUUUCUCCAUGAUUAUGAAUGACUUAACGCCAUUACUUCAUCCAUCAAAUGAACCCGAGGAAACAGAAAAAAAGAAACUGAAAAAGAAAAAAAGUGUGCCUGAUGUAGAACAGGUGCAAAGUAGUGCAGAAAAAAAGAAAAAAAUUAAACAAGACAGUAAGGAAUCAAAAAAAUUAAAACCCGAGGCAAAAAACAUAAUCCAAGAAACAAUGAAAAAUCAACCCGUAAUUAAUACAUUUUUAACAAAAUUAAAGUCCCCGUAA